AACCCUUGGAUGGUGAACAGGCGACAUGUAACACAUUUGGAUUAUCAGAUGCUUUAUAAUAAUUGAUUUCAAGUGUAGCAGCGCAGGGUGCGCUAAUGGUGGAGGUGUCAUAAGCACCGUGUGUACACUGCACGAGACGCGACACAAUUAGAACAUCCCAAAUAUAAUCACAGAUAAUAAUCUUCUCGCGCUGGCAUUGUAGCUUCGUUUAAUAUAAAUGGGAAAGUUCUUGUUUUGUCUAUUCAUGUCGCUCGCUUGCAAUGUAAAUGGGGUGUUACAGCCUGGUGGCUCGUGUAUGGUUAGCAUUAGCUAGUUAGCUUUAGUGAUGGGAAAUCCGAAUCGUUUCUGCGAAUCGGUUCUUUCGGAGAGUUCGACAAAAAAAGAAAACCUGGGUUAAGUGAUUCAGAUAUUACGUACGCUGCCACGUAAUUGCGUCAUCUCGUGGUCACUAUUUUGCCAAAUUGUGAUAUUAAUAAAGUAGCGUGUCUUAUUUCAGAUGUUGUUUUUUAAAUAUUUUAAACCUUAAAUAUUUUUUUUUACAUUAUUUUACUUGAAAAUGUUUUACUAACGUUUUUGCACGUGUUGAUAAAGCUACCAUACAAUCACAUAGUAAACAUCUACAGUACAUUUUAAUUGUAACAUUUCCGCUAUUUAACUAUUAAAGUAGUUUUACGUUUCGGUUCACUCGAAAUGCUCUUACUGUCAGUUCUUUGAUUCAGCCAGAUUCGUGGACGAAUCGUUCGGAUUGGUUUUGUGAAUCGGUUUAACCAAUAUGCAAAGAUCCGAUUCAAAAGAACGAUUCGUUCACGAAUCGGACAUCGUUAGAACCUUUUAAACGAAACAUCGCGCCAGGAGUUAGUCAAAUCCUCCGACAUGUUAUUCUUUCGUUAAAACGCUUGUAAUGGCUUUAUUACAUUCUAGUGUGGCGUAAUUUUAUUGUAUAGAUUAUUCUGGAAUUACUUUCAGAGGAAACGCAUGCUAUAUUGCGUAUGUGCUGAUGUGAUAAAGCUUUUGGGUUGAAGCGGGUUUAAUUUAGCGGAAAUGUUCUUUAAACAGGAAUGAUCUCAGACAAUAGUCAAAUGAAAGCGUCUUAUCAAGUAAUCAUCAUAUGCACAUUAUGCAAUCAGUUGAAGCCAGCAGGCCUCUGUGCUGCAAUGAAGUCUGAAUUCCUGUCAUCUGUCAAGCGACAACAACAUUUCAAAUGCAAAGUUUGGGAAGAAAUCUUGUAAUUAGUGGUUUUAUGAAGUGACACAGGAAGUAAUUGAUCUAAAAUGGGAGACGAUCGACCUUUUGUCUGCACUGCCCCGGGCUGUGGACAGAGGUUCACCAACGAGGACCAUUUGGCAGUGCACAAACACAAGCAUGAGAUGACGCUGAAAUUCGGACAAGUUAGAACAGACACCGUUAUCAUAGCAGAUCAGACACCCACUCCCACUCGAUUUCUCAAGAAUUGUGAGGAGGUGGGUUUGUUUAGUGAGCUAGCUGGCUCCUUCGAGCAAGAUCUCCGCAAAACACAGGAGGAGGAGGAGAGGAGGAUUAAAGGCACGCUUCCAGCUCUACAAACACCUACAGAAGUUAAAGAGAGGGAGGGGCCUCUUGCGAUUGACUCCUCCCCUCCAGACAGCCCUGACUCCGCCUCCAGCAUGACAAACAGCAAAGAUGCAGUUGCCAUGGCAAAAGAGCCUAUUGCCAUGAGGAAAGCCAAGGAUGUUCCUCCACGAACUGCAGCGAGUUCCACCCCUACACCAACCAUAGUGCGUCCAGGUUCUCUCCCACUUCACAAAGGUUUCGACUCCAUGAACCCAACUCAGCCAUCUCCCACCUCUGUUAUCACUAGGACCCCUCCGUCAAACAGACUCAGCUCGCCGUCUGGUUCUUUUCCUAUGCUGAUGCAGCUUCCAAAUGGUCAGACUGUUCCUCUGCUGCCCAGUCCAGGGCAGACUUCAGUCAUAUCGCUUGCUAGAUCAUCAAACCCAGUGCCCAAUAUCCCAGGGAUUCCAGGCCCUCCUAUUGGUGGAAGCAGCAGUGGUUCCUCCUCUCCGUCUGGAUACAGUACACACUCUGAUGCCAAGACGAGGCUUAAAGCAGCACUAUCUAAGCAGAGUCCUAGUGGACCAGCACCAAUACAAAAAACAGAUCAGACUGAGACACCAUCACCUGCUCAACCACAGGUAUCCCCUGCUCCACCAAAAGGAGGCCGCAGACGAAGAGGGGCAGAUAUUGAGCCAGAUGAGCGCAGGCGCCGUUUCCUUGAACGAAACCGAGCUGCUGCUUCCCGUUGCCGGCAAAAACGGAAAGUGUGGGUCAGUGACCUGGAGAAACGCGCUGAGGAGCUAGCUACUUCUAACGUCACGCUUACUAAUGAAGUGUCUGUGUUGAGGACUGAGGUGACCCGCCUGAAGGAGCUGCUGUUGGCCCAUAAGGACUGCCCUGUUACUGCCAUGCAGAAAAAAGAAUAUCUCGCUGCAGGAGUGGAUGAGAGUUCUGCAUCGGCGUUGGUGAUGCCUGUGUCCGUACCGGCUCCGGUGUUGGUUAAUGGUCUGAGUGUGCGUGCUGCGGAGGCUGUUGCUGUUUUAGCGGGAAUGGGCUCGGGCCAGUGGAGUAACACAGCUGGAGAUGCUUCCUCCCAUUCGCAACCCACAUCCAGAUGAUGAGCAUGUCGUUCAGCCAAUGGGAACUAAAUAUACUUUCAAAAGAGCGAAUCCCCCUUUCCCCUCAAAACUGUCAGUCCUGGUGUGUUUGUAAAUGUUCUCAUUUGACAAAUGGGAACCAAUGUUACCAUGCUCUGAGCACACCCUGCUCACCCUUAGCCUAUCACAGACUCUCCCCCAGGCUAAGUAGCGACAUCAUAGGACUCCCCUUUAGGACUGCACAGACUAGGAAGCACUGCAGUUGAAAUGAAGUCUCUUCGGUCAUCUCUAUAAAAUACACCUUUACAUAUACUUGUAUAGAUUUUCUCACUAAUGCAUUGAGUUGGUAUUUGUCUCGUUUGCAGGUAUUUCUACUUAUUUUGCUUUUUAUUCAAUGGUCUUUAUAAUAUGUGAGCCUGGACCACAAAAUAGCAUUAGCCAAAAAAAAAAAUGUAUGGGUCAAAAUUAUAGAUUUCUCUUUUAUGCCAAAAAUCAUUUGGACAUUAAGUAAAGAUCAUGUUCCAUGAAGAUAUUUAGUCAUUUUUUUAUUGUAAAUAUAUCAAAACCUAAGUUUUGAUUAUUAAUAUGCAUUGCUAAGUACUUCAUUUGGACAAAAAGGCGAUUUUUCUCGACAUUUAGAUUUUUUUUUUUACACCCUCAGAUUACAGAUUUUCAGGUAGUUGUAUAUCAGCCAAAUAUUGUCAUACCCUAACAAACCAUACAUAAAUGUAAAGUUUAUUUAUUCAGCUUUCAG